UCCCGGCUGCGAGAGCCUCGCUGGGGCGGAGGACUUCCGGGCUUCCAGGCUUCCAGGCGGGCAGCCUCCUUGGCCGGUGUCAUGCUGUCUUCGCUUUAGGUAGAAGAGCUGGGCCUGGAACCCAGCCCGAGGGUACACCACAGCCCAGGAGGAAGCCACGCCAUGCGCCUGGGAUGGUGGAGACCAAGGACUUGGUGCAGCUCCGGCAGCUCAACUUGGCACUCCUGAGGCAGCUGUGGGUCGGGCAGGAUGCCGUGCGGCGGUCGGUGGCCAAAGCAGCCUCAAAGUCAGCUCUGGACUCCAGCAGCAGCUAUGACUCCCAGACACCAUCGUCCCAGGAGAUGUCAUUAAUGGCCCUCAGAGCCUCCGGCCUACAUCCUGCCCACCAGGGUGAUCCCUGUGAUAUGUCCGGGCCUGGUGGGACCAGCUCUGGAGUGAUCUCUCUCCCUUCUGCCAAGUAUCGACACCAGCCGUCCCUGGGCUCACUGAGGCCCUACUCGGCACCCUUGCUGGCCAUCUCAGACCCAAAUGACCCAGCGCUUUCAGCAGAGCUGGACAGUCCAGGGCCUCAGGAGGUCCAGGCCCAGAGCUCCACCCUGGAUCAACAAAGGAGGCUGUCCAAGUCAAGAGUGACCCUCAGUGAGGAGUCUGCAUUGCCUGACAGGAGCGGGCACCUCUGGCCAUACUUGGGCUACGACUGGAUUGCAGGCUCUCUGGACAACAGCUCACCCAUCACCAGCAAGCCUGAGGCCUUUUUCUCCAAGCUACAGGAUUUCCGGGAAGCCAACAAGGAGGAGUGUAUCAACAGUGACCCUGAACCCCAGUUCCUAGGCCCGUGGGAGAGCAGUGGUGUGGAGGAAGACCAUGAGUGCGUGUACUGUUACCGUGUCAACCGGCGCCUGUUUCUGGUGCCUUCCGAUCCUGGCGCCCCUUGCCGCCUGUGCCGGACACCUCGGGACGAGAAGCGUCCUGAGACUCGGGUGCGGACAGCGCAGGUCAGGGUGAGCAUCCCGCUGUCUGUCCUGGACCCCCCACACCAGUACCGCAUCCACCGGCGGAAGAGCUUCGACGCCUCCGACACGCUGGCCCUGCCCCGGCACUGCCUGCUGGGCUGGGACAUUCUCCCUCCAAAGUCUGAGAAAAGCUCAGCCCCCAAGAGCCUGGACCUCUGGUCCUGUGUCUCCUCCGAGGCCCAGCACCGGAAGCUGUCAGCUGCCAGUACUUCUCACCUGGCCCUGCCAACAAGGGUCCCACCCUGCACCCCAAUCUGGUCAGAACCCCAGCCGUGUGCCCCCUGGCUGAAGCCCUGAGGACUGGCCACUUGGAGGAGGACAGAGCCCCUGCCAUCACCUGUAACCCGUCUCCCCUGUUAGGGCGCCCACAACCAGGGAGGUGGACUUAGGCCCCACCCUCCUAGGUGGGCAGGUGGAUGGCCCCACGCUUUUCUCCUUCCUGGGGACAGAGGUGGGGGCUCCAGGGUUGAGGGGGGAGCGGGUGAGAGGAUUCUGUGACAUGUUCAUAAAUAAAGCUCAGUACUCUGUGCAGCUCCAGAUCGCCUUGUGUGCUGGGUCU